CUCUCUCUCAUCCCUCAUCAGCAAAAAAUUAACAAUGAACAGCCCAGGUUUCGGUGGCCGGAGCCGGAGCUCCGACGCCACCCUACCGGAAAACACGUCUAAUUCACGGGGCUCCUCCACUUACUCCUCCUACGCCCCCGCCUCUUCUCAUCACAAGUCCGCUACCACCGCCGCCGCCGCCACCGCCGCCAAAAACCCCGCCAAGAGCGUAGGGCGCUCCAUCAUUGAUGCUCUGAUGUCUUGCUUCUCUCCUCCCGAACCGCCGGAGAAAACCUCGACCAACGUAUACAGUAAUGAUUCUUUUGAAGCUUCAAGUUCUGGUAGUGAGAAAAGACGAAGUGCUAAUCGGGGAAUCUACACUAGUUCAAACAAUUCGACUCACUCGAGCGAGCGAGUGACUGUUAAAUUCACCAUGGAAGAAAUUAACAACGCAACUAAAAACUUCUCACCUAGCUUUAAAAUUGGUCAAGGUGGAUUCGGAACGGUCUACAAGGGUCAACUCCAAGAUGGAACCAUCGUUGCGGUCAAACGUGCUAAGAAGAUUCUUUAUGAUCAACACUUGGGAGUCGAGUUUCAGACUGAAGUUAAAACUCUGGCACAAGUGGAGCAUCGAAAUCUAGUGAAAUUUUACGGGUUUUUGGAAUAUGGAGAAGAAAAGAUUCUCGUUGUUGAGUAUGUUCCUAAUGGCACCCUUAGAGACCACUUGGAUUGUUUUAAUGGUAAUAUUCUCGAUUUUGCGUCAAGGCUCGACAUUGCAAUUGAUGUGGCUCAUGCAGUCACUUAUCUUCAUAUGUACACAGACCAUCCGAUAAUCCACAGAGACAUCAAAUCUUCGAACAUUCUUCUUACAGACAACCUAAGAGCGAAAGUAGCUGACUUUGGGUUUGCCAGGUUGGCGGCCGAUCGUGAAUCGGGCGCCACACAUGUUUCUACGCAAGUGAAAGGGACAGCUGGCUAUUUAGACCCGGAGUACUUAAAAACUUAUCAACUUACCGAAAAGAGUGAUGUUUACUCAUUCGGUGUUUUACUUGUGGAGCUUGUAACCGGCCGAAGGCCUAUAGAGCCGAAACGGGAGCUCAAGGAGCGAAUUACCACUAAAUGGGCGAUGAAGAAAUUCUCGAGCGGUGAAGCAGUUUUAGCGCUGGAUCCGAAGCUGACUCGAUCGCCAGCAAACAACUUCGUUAUGGAAAAGAUUUUCGAACUGUCGUGGCAGUGUUUGGCCCCACACAGAAAUAACAGACCACCUAUGAGGAAAUGUGCUGAGAUUCUUUGGACCAUCAGAAAAGAUUACACUGAAUUAUUAACUUCAAAAUUCUGAAUUUAAGGUUGUCUUAAAUUUUUAUUUUUUAUAUGUAUUUAAUUAUUUAUAGGAAAUUAAUUAUAUUGAGAUCAAAGAUGAGUUAUACUCCAAAAAGAUUUGAAUCUGUAUAGUGAUAGUUUGGUUUGUGAUUUCUUUACUCUGUUAUUCAUUUGUGGGAAGUUUUGUACAAGUCCCUUGUAAUACAAAAUAUUGCAAUUUGCAACAUUUUUAUAUAUUUGGUGGUUUAAUAUU